AUGUUAAUGUAUAUACCAAUAAUUUUAAUUUUAUGUUUUUUUAUUUUUAUGAAUUCUUAUCAAAUUAUAGUUUAUUUAAUAAUUUUAAUAAUUUUAUUAGUGUUAAAAGGUUUAAUAAAUAAUGCUGAGAUAAUUAUAAACUUUUUUUAUUUUGAUCUUAUAAGUUUUAGAAUAAUCAGUUUAACAGUUUGAAUUACUUUUUUAAUAUUAAUAGCAAGCCGAUUAAAUAAUCUUUUUCAAAAUAAAAUUUUUACUUUUUACAUUUUAAUAAUAAUAAAUUUAUUAUUCUUUUGUUUUUCAUUUAAUAAUUUUAUAUUAUUUUAUUUAUUUUUUGAAUCAGUUUUAUUCCCAAUUGUCCUAAUAAUUAUAGGGUGAGGAUCACAACCUGAACGAAUUCAAGCCGGAUUUUAUAUACUAAUAUACACAAUUUUUGGUUCAUUACCUUUAUUAGUGCUAAUAUUAACAAAAAGAAUUUCUUUUAUAAUUAUUUAUAAUGAAUGAUUAUUUAGAGAGAUAAAUUGAAUAUUUAUUAUAAUGAUUAUAGGUUUUUUAGUAAAAAUUCCCAUAUUUUUAUUUCAUUUAUGAUUACCAAAAGCACAUGUAGAAGCCCCAAUUUCAGGCUCCAUGAUUUUAGCAGGUGUUUUACUAAAAUUAGGAUUUUAUGGUUUAUACCGAUUUAAAAGAUUUUUUUUUAUUGAUUUAAUCAAUUUUAGAAUAAUUAUUAUUGUAAUUUCUUUAUGAGGAGCAGUGAUAAUUAGAAUUUAUUGUUUAUUCCAGAUUGAUAUUAAAUCUUUAAUUGCAUAUUCUUCUGUAUCUCAUAUGGGGAUUGCUUUAAGGGGUUGUUUAACAUUUUAUUUGUAUGGUUCAUAUGGAAUAUUAAUAAUAAUAAUUGGUCAUGGUUUAUGUAGUUCAGGUCUUUUUUGCUUAAGUAAUUUAAUUUAUGAACGAUUUUACACUCGAAAUAUUUUUAUAAUUAAAGGAAUAAAUUUAAUUUUUCCAAAUUUAACUUUAUGAUGAUUUUUAUUUAGAAUUGUUAAUAUAUCAGCCCCUAUAACAAUAAAUUUAUUUAGAGAAUUAUUUUUAGGGUUAAGAGUAAUAAAGUUUAGAAUAUUAUUAAUAAUUCCAAUAAUAAUAUUAAUUUUUUUAAGCGCUUGUUAUUCAAUAUUUAUGUAUAGAUAUAUUAAUCAUGGUCAGAGAUGAAUAAUUUUUAGAAGAAAUAUAAUUUUUGCUCGAGAAUAUUAUUUAUUAUUUUUACAUUUAAUACCUUUAAUAUUAUGAUUUAUAAAAUUUAAUUUUUUUAUAAAAUGAUUAUAA